AUGGACCCGGAAGACAAGGAAAACGUGAGACGGCGCAGCGGGGAUCAUGGUUUACAACAAGUUCCGAAGAACAGGAUCUCGGGAUCGAAGGUCAUUCUUCGGCGGCGCCAUUCGCCUUCGUCACCGAUGCUCAAACUUGAACGGGAGCACGCCUCGAGGGCGACGCUGUUCAGCGCUAUCUUCCUCUGCGUUCUCGUGGUGGCGGCCAUGGCUGUUCUCAUUACGCGCCACCUGACGUCGCGCCACGCUAGCGACGAAGAUACCUGCACGACCGACGACUGCAUCACAUACGGGCGCACCCUGCUCGAGCGACUCAACCUGUCGGCAGAUCCGUGUACCAAUUUCUACCAGUACGUCUGCGGGGACGCGGCUUUCGACACUGCUGAGGAGAAGGUGCGAAGGAUGUACGGCCCCAAGGUGCAGGACUUCAUGCAACAACGAGAAAAUGUGGUUCAGAAGGACAAAGGAAUCAGGCAUGAUUACGAGCUCAAGGCUUCGCGGGCGCUGUCCUUGUGCCUGGAGAGACCGGAUACUAUGGAUCCGGCGCCUUUCGUCCAAUUUAUGCGUGAACGUGGACUGAUGUGGCCUGUGGAACCGAAACAACCGAAGCGUGGAAGGAAAGAGUCGGGUAACCCGGUAUUUCCCAUACUUGUGGACCUCUCACUGAACUGGCGAGUAUCUCUGUGGUUCGACGUGAACGUGAUGAACUUGGAUCGUGAAGAGAACUUCAUGGUCACCCUCGACGAUCCGGGACCUGUGCCUGUGCUCCGCAUGGCACAGCUUUCAUCUCUUGGAGAUGACGCAUACGACGGAAUUGCGCAGCAGAUGGCGUCUUUCCUUUCUGGAGGCACCGUGACGCUCAGCAAAACGGAAUUGACCGACCUGCGUCUGGACGAAGGAAUUGUGCGGAACACAUUAUCUUUUCGACUGGAUCCGGAUAGUGAAGAAGCGGAUGAAGUGGACGUCACUGUGCCCAUCGGAGGAGUUCACCUCUUGUCUCGGAGCAUUGGUUCAGACCAGUGGCUGGCCACAUUACGGAACUCGCUUCAAGGCGCUUUCGGCAUGACCCUUUCGAACGAAACAAAAAUACUUGCCUUUAACAAGGCGAGAAUCAACGACGCCUUCACCAUGCUCGAAGAUCUACCAUUUGAAGUUGCUCUAAACGUGACCGGGUGGAUGUUUGCCUACAUCUACGGGUGGACGAUGGGCGCCCGCUACGACACCUUCCAUCCUGGGCAUCGAAACACUGAAACGCCGAACUCUGGAACUCUGUGCUUCCUCGCCGUGCAUGAAAUGCAUGGUCUCGCCGUUGUAGCUGCUUACAUUUCCGAACUUUUCGGCGUAUCCGAACGCAGCGACGUGAAGGACAUAUUGAGUUCCAUUACUAACGCGCUGCGCGUUGCCUUAAAAAAUGCCGAUAGUAUCACUUUGUUGACAAAGCUUAGGGCGGAGACCAAGGUAGCAGACGAGCUAGGCAUUUCUCUUUGGCCUCCCGAACCGUUUUUCAGCCGAGAGAUGCUCAACGAGAUCACCACCGCGUUUCCUGCAGAAGGCACGUCGCUGUUUUCUCUGCGGCUUCAAACGAUGAAAGUGCUCCAGGAGUCGCGGACCAACCGCUACUACUCGAGCCUUUUGACGAAGCGUGUCCGCUGGUUCACUCGUAGCGUCCGCUACUUGUACAGCCGCAACUACCUUGAAGUCGGAGUGUGGGCCCUCCUAGCGCCUUCCUAUAUGAGGCAUGGCUCUCGUCUCAUGACGUUCAGCGGUCUGGGUUUAGAGAUUGCCCGUAGCCUGGUUCGGGCGUUCGACAGCCAUGGAAGAAUGCUCGACGGAAACGGUCAACCGGAUACGCGAUGGGCCCAGAAGCUCAAGUGUUCGCUGUACGAUGCGAAAACCAGACGCGAGAGGCGAGCGCUCACGGACAUCUUCGCCAUGAACGUGACUCUGCAGGCGUUCGGCGACAGCGCCACGGCUCUGCACAGCUAUCCGAAGCUCCGAUUCCUCGAGUCGUUGAGUGAAGACGAAACAUUUUUCGUGAGUUUGUGUAGUCAUUUCUGUGGAGACAAAGAACGCGCAGAGCUCUGCGACCUGGCCACAAGGACCACGCGGUUUAGCAAGGCAUUCCGCUGUGAAGAUCGCAUCAUGAGCGAGAGGCGAUGCGAGUUCUUGUGA